AUGAAUCUAUAGUUAAUUUUUGUUUAUAAUUUUAUAAAUCUAAAUAACAAAUAACACCAAUUAAAACAAAAAGAAAAACAAGCACAUAGGCAAAAUUUACAGACUUAGAACUUAAAACUAACUCAGAAAUCGUAUUUUGCUGACCUUGAUUCUUAAGAAGUUAAUUCCCACUACUACCUAAGUGCUUUAACAUUAUUUACAGAUCAAUAAAAUUUUAAAUAAUUCUCAUAUUUCCUGUAAAAAAAUUGA